CGCUUGCGACAGCGGGGCAGAUCCGACACACCCUGUCCCUCCCGGCAGAGCUAUAGGAGCCGACAGCGGCCGUGUGUCCCUCACAGUGCUCGGACAGCCAUGGGCACGGCRGGGAUCGUGYUCAUCCUCAGCCUGGCAGCGSUGCUGCCCGCGGCCGCCGAGCCGUGCGGAGCGCAGCGCCCGGACAGCAGCACGGCCACCAAGCUGCUGGGAACAUGGUUCUAUGUGGCCGGGGCUGCCCAGUAUCCCCCGCACCGAGUGGAGAUGCUGCUCAUCGAUCACGCCUAUCUGCAUGUGGGACCCGGCGCCGGGCAGGAGCUGCUCAUCUCCCACUACGUGGCCGUGGGGAAUCAGUGUUUGACCAACAAUCUCACCUACCUGGAAAUCAUCCCUGGUAACGCCACGCUGGUGAAGAACGUCAAGACCCAUCAAACUGAGGGGAUGCUGAUGAACCUCAGCUCUGAAGAUCUGUUGCUCGUCCAGUACCAAAUGGAGAAGGAAAGGGUAUAUUUGGGGCAGUAUCUCUACGCCCGGAACCGGAGCAUAAGCAAAGCUGAGCAGGAGGAAUUCGAGCAGCACGUGGAGUGCCUGGGGCUGACAGCAGAGCAGAUCGUCUACGCGCCGUGGAAAACGGACGUGUGUCAGGAAGAGGCCGAGGGUGGCAAAGGCCCGCAGACGGAGCCCUCGGCUGCAGUCACAGCACCGCCUGCUCCRGGCACUCCCUGGCCUGGCAGCGCAGGGAACUGACCCCACCAUGGGCAAUAAACCUUUCCAAGWUUGAUGCAAUUUGGUGCCAAAUUGUGUGAGAGCAGAGGGUUCUGCAGAGGGCUCGCAGAUGGAAAAUAAACACCCAACUGACCUGAUGUGUCACU